AUGACUAGCCAAGGUAUGCUUCUUUCAUGGCUGUUCAGCGCCUUCCAUUCAGGACGCGUUUUUCUUUCGUCACCAGCCCCCGAAGAGAACUGGGACGAGGAUUUCGAAUUCGCGGCCUCAGCAACGAAGAAUCAACAUAGAAUGCCACGAAGAAACGAUAUCGACAACGAUGGCUGCGCGCUUCCCCGCCAGUCGAUAGCCAGCUCACAUUUAACGGAAGAUUGGGACGACCCCCAGCCUACACGACGUUCAAUCGUAUUUGAAGACAAGUUAAAUAUUGCAGGACCUUCAACUCCUACGAAACGACCAAUCCCCCAGGGUCCGGAGACGGAAAAUUGGGACGACGACUUUGAUCUAGAUGCCAACUCACCAGCCCGAAGGGGCUCACCCAGAAAGCCUCCCACGACGCCAUCACGCACGCACCCGUUGGAUGCAGGACCUCGACGGAAGACCCCCCGCCGACGGAAUGCUCGCACGGAGAACUGGGAUGAUGACUUUGAGCUGGAGGAUUCAGAUGAUGAGGACGCGGAGUUUGGGUUUCACGGCGAUGAAGAAGAUAGAACGGUCACUGCGCGUUCUCGCCGAACCGCGCCAACGAAGGCAGCACCGACUCCUCCCCCGCCUGUCCCCCCUCUUCCGAACCUCAGUAUCAGCGCCCUAAACGCGAACUAUCAUAUUUCAGGGACGGAACGCCCUUUCCCCAGGUCCCCCACUACCUCCGUGUUCUCCGUACCAGCGACGACGACAUCGGGCCGCGACAGCGUUGCAGGGCACUCAUAUCAUACGACGAAUUCGCAAACACACCUUGCUCUUAGGCCGACCGUCAGUAGGACAAGCGCAGGGCGGAGUGGCGGGUUCAGCGGCCUACCCCCUAGUCCACCCAUACACAAAGAACGUGAACGAAGGCGGCUGAGAAAGAAGAGUCGUCCACCGAGGCUGGAGGAAGGCGUAUUCGAGUUAGUAGAGAGAGCAGAACCGAAUCCCAAACGAUUCUCUGGGUCUAGCUCUAGCGCGCGUGCGAGCUUCGACUCACAGCGAUCCUCCGAUAUAGAUGCUAAUGUUCGAGCGCGGCAUGCAAGUCCACUUUCGGAGGUAGCCGCCGCUGAUACAGCGGACAAGGAGAACGUGAAAGAGAACGGCAAGACAAAGACGCCUCUUUUGAGCAGGAUCGGUUCGGUCGGGAAGAGGUGGGGCGUACGCAGAAAGAGAGCGAGCACAGCACCAAGCGAUGUCGUUCUCAACGAAGACAUCGGUGACAUGGAUGUCGACUUGACGCGUACCCCCCGCCCUCCAAGUUCUCUGUCGCAGACGAUAACUCAGCCAUUCGCGCUCCCCACCCAGGCCACGUCCUCCACGCAACCGAUCGUGAUUACCAACACUCCCGCCCACCAGCGCCAUAUUCCUUCCGAAUCGUCGUCUCCUUCGCCAAAGCAAGGUCCCUCGUCCAGCUGGUUUUUUCGGACGCCUAGCAAAGAAACUAGUGGGACGGGGACGUCGUCGAGCUCCAAUCCCAGCUUGACAGACGUCAGGGAACUGCGGGAGAAGAAGAGCACCGGGUUCUUCAGCACGGAUGACGAGUUCGGGAGCAAUGGGAGCGGCGGUAUCGCCAACUUCCUCAUGAACUCACCAUCCAAACUUGUCAAGCGGAAGUCACUUGGAUUUGUUCAGCUCCGACGGACGAAACUGGACGCGACCGACGUCGCAUCUUCACCAUCCCCGCCUUCGUCAUUUGGCGCGUCUCCUCCAACGAGCAGAUUUCGGUCCGCAACACCUUCGUCAAGUUCAGCCGCUCCAUCGCCAUCGCCAUCUGCGACACCGAAGAAGAGCGCGCAGCAAGGACUUGGGGUAGGCAUGGGCGCGCGGCCUACUUCUAUGUAUCCCCAAUCAAGUCAGAGCUCUGGCCAAGGUCAACCGAGGCAUGCUAGCUAUGGUGGCGCUGAGGUCGCUAAAUCGGCUGAGGCGGCUAGUCGGGGUGUCAGCACAAACAGUGGGAGGAAUAACGGGAAGCAGAGAGAGAGGAGCCGGACGAGGAGCGCUUCUAGGUCCAAGGGGAAGGAAGCUGAGAGGACGGGAGAAGUGCCAAAUGAGAAGGAGAAGGACGGUACUCGCGGGUUUAUGGGAGGUAUGCGCCGAAUCAGUUUGGUCGGGAAGCAUAAACGGUCGAAGAGCGCUGCUUCCCUUGCUCUUGUCGGCGAAAGCGGUGCCGCUGGCAGUGCGGGGGCGAGUGGAAGUGACGAGCCCUCUCUCCCUGACCUCCCGAAAGAGGCAGUGAUGAUGAUGAACAUGCACGCUUCGAGGGAAGGUAGCGAUGGCACCGAUGGCGAUACCCACAAGACGCCUUCCAGACCAAACGUUCUUCUUCCACCGAUCGAGCUUCAGCCACCCUCUCCACCGAGACACCGCAAUUCUGACACGAAGGUGUCGACCUCGGCGCCCAUUGGGAGCAUAGCGAGUGGAAUGGAAAGCCUUCUUACGCCGUCUUCCUCUCAAUCCAGGUCGUCGCCGUUCACACCUCUGCCCACCAUCUCCGGGUCCUCUUCUCCGUCACCCACAUCGCCUUCAUCGACCGUUCCCACUCCAACUUCACCCUCUCCGGUUCAUUCUCCUAGCUCUACGACGCGUCGCUCUCCGGGAUCUCCUGGACAAGUAGCUUCUUUAGGCCGUUCGACGGGUGUCAAUAUGGUUGUCAGUCCCGGGCCUACUGGUAGCAUUGGCGUUGCCAGCGGCUCGAAUAGCGUCCCAAGAAGGAACUCCCUUGGAGACCUCAAGAUUCCCGCUCGUAUCAGCCAAGCGCAGGUCAGUCUGAAGAGGGAUUUGGGCAUGGUCCGCGAGUUCGCCUCGAACAUCGAACAGCUUAAGGACCUGCAAGCCGAGUAUCAUUCUCUAGUGGCCGAAGUGCAGAGUAUCCUCGACGCACAAGCUCAAGCUUUCGCCCAUCAACCCCCAGCCACUCAGUCUCGAUCCAUAUCUCCCACCAUUUUCCCUUUCGGCCGUCGCCAUAGGUCAAACACCAACCCCUCGACCACCCCAGGCUCUGCUUCCCCCCAUCACAAUUAUAAGCAACUUGCUUCUGCAUUCUACACGCUUAAUUCCAAGUACCGCAUUACAUGGGAGUGCGCCGAAUUGCUCAUGGAGCUUGCUGGUGGAACGCAACCUUCUACCGCCAGCGGGCCGACAUCAAGCGCCUCGGCUCCUGUUGUUCCCGGCGUAGGAGCGACAGGAUUGAAAAGUCGCGAACGUGCUAUAACGCUAGCUGGAGAUGAGUCCAAACCACCUACCCCUACUCCCGGUAGCGCCCCUCCGUCCAACCAGCAUGGCCCUCCUCUCGCUAGUCCUACGAACAUGGCUUGGCGCGCAUCGACUGGGCGGCAUGAUCUCAGCCAACGCCAGCUUGUUUUGCUCAAGGAGAUGCUUAACAACGCCGAAUCAUCCUUCGUCGGCGAUGAUGUUAUCGCCGAGGAAGCAAGAGCUAGCUCGACGAUGGUGAAUAGGGAUUGGAAAUGGGGUGACGCCAUGAACAGCACCGUCACCUUGCCGUCAGAAGAAACUUCCGCUUCGGCUGGCGCAAGCGUGGCGGCCAAGAAGAGGAGAAGCAGUCGCUUGGGGAUGACCGGGUUAAGGGACCUUCUGCGCUCUUUGAAAAGGGGCCAUACGGAGAGCAUCAUACCCCCACCCCUCCCAAUCCCCUCUUCUACUUUGUCGCUCAGCACCGAAGAGUCAUUAGACAGCCGAGACGGUCAUCGCUACCCUCAUCCGCACAUCCCAAGUCAUGGGCGGCGCCGAGCAAAGACCAGCACCGAUCCCGAUUCCAUGCGGUCAGCCAAAGACGUACGCGCCACCUCCCCUUACGGUCAUACGUCUCUUGUAGCAAAGUCAUCACCAAGGCGGCCGUCACUUGCAUCUAUAUUUCGCCUCGGACAGAAGCACAAGAAUGCUGUCCCAAACGCCAAUGCUUUAUCCUCCACUGCGUCAAGCUCCAGUAUGUCGGUUGACCACAGUGUAGAGAGCGGUGCAAGCGGGCGCAUAUCCAGGCAAGCUACUAGCGAGGGUGUUGGUGAAGAAGAAGAUUGGGACCGACUAGACUCCGCUGAAGACCUCGACGACGUUGCCAAAGCUUUGGGUAUACCAGCGGGCAGCGAGGCUUCUUCGACCGUUCGCGGUCGAGGUCGAUCACCCUACUUCCAAGCUGAUUCUCGGCCACCGUCGAAUCCCGCCAGCCGACCUGUGACGCCGAAGCGAACCGCUAGCUCCUCGCAAUCGUCUCUCGUUUGGGAUGCAUCGAUGCCCCCUCGCUCGACUAAGUUGUCCAACGUCGAGGAGCAUGCAGACGAUACACCCACGGCUGAGCAACGAAUUUAUACGAAGUCGUCCAAAGGGAAAUCAAGACCCGCCGCUAGCCCUUCUCGCCCUCCGUCUCGUUCCCAGAAGGUUGUAUCAGGUAUUCCGAAGUCAGGAUCCGUGCGAUCCAUGCCUGUUCAGUCAGGCUUUGGCAACGGAGGGUUACCCGAUUUCAAACUAGCGAUGACGCCGGAGAAUAUCAAGCCAUUGCUAGAGAAUUCCAAAGAGGUAUAUUCGAGAUUGACUGAUUGUAUUGCGGACAUUAAAGGGUUACUGGCUAACGCAGUGUAG